AUGCAGGUAACGCAUGUAAGUGAAACAGUGCUUCCUGUAACCCAUCCUUCUUUGAUACAGGUUCCGGAGGCAUCUCGUCGAAUGUACGCCGAGACUGUCUCUGGGCAGGAUGAACGGAAUGUGCGACAGACAGAGGAGACGAUGGAAGAGGAAAGCGAAGAGGAUCUUUCGGAUGAGGACGACGAUGACCCUCUCUGCCCGACGAUCCGCCUAACACGGGCUGAGGUGAAGGAAAUUCGAGCACCAUGGCGGAAGGCGAUAAUCGUAAAGGUGAUGGGGAGAAAUGUUGGAUACGCAUAUCUGUUACGUCGCCUUACAUCCAUGUGGAAGCCAAACGGGAAGAUGGACCCGAUUGCCAUUGAUAGUGGAUAUUUUAUCGUCAGGUUCGGGGCAGUGGAGGACCUGGAACACGCGAUGUUUGAAGGACCAUGGAUGAUCAUGGAUCACUACCUAAUAGUGAAGCCAUGGGUGCCGGAUUUUGAUCCUUUUUCCGAUGUCACGGAAAAAGUCCUGGUAUGGAUUCGAAUCCCUUGUUUACCUGCUGAGUAUUACAGUUUGAUUUUUCUCAGGAAACUAGGCAAUAAGGUGGGACGUACGAUUCGGGUAGAUCAAGCGACGAGUAUGGUUUCCCGAGGGAUGUUUGCUAGGGUCUGCGUCGAAGUUGAUAUAACGAAGCCUUUGAUCUCGAAGUUCACAUACAAGGGUCGCGUGAGAUUGGUAGCAUAUGAGGGUAUUCAUAUGGUUUGUUUCACAUGUGGAGUUUAUGGCCACAGCCCUGAGGCAUGCCCAAAAACGACUAGACCGGAAGCUGAAAAGAGUGAUGAUCAGCGUGCGGAGGGCGUUAGCCAUGCUGUAGGAGAGAAGCAUGGGGUUACUAUUGGCGCAGAGCCUUUCGGAGCUUGGAUGAUCGCCCCUGGGAGGAGGGCGCGAGCGGGUCCCAGGCAACCAGUGAGACCUCCGCGGGCUACGGAGGAGAGACGACGUGGUGCGGUUGCCGAGCGAGAUGGUGGAGCGCAGAAUUCGAGGUUUGGGCCGCUUUCCGUGGAGGACACAGAAAUCGGGGACCCAGAAGUGGCGGAUGUGGUAGCACAUGUCGACGAGGCAGAUCCGAAGAGGCCACCACCGGUUGUGGCGGAGGAAACGCAGGGCGUUCGAACUGGAUUGGUUGCGGGUACUGGUGCGUGA